UUUAUUCCAAAGGACAUUUCAAAAUUUCUAUGUUAAUUAAGAAUCUCCAAACAAUUUAUUUUCCAGUUUCUAUAAUUAGCACGAAGAAUUCCAUAAAUUGUCUUACAGAAGAACCAUCUCUGAACUCUCUCUCUCUCUUGCUCUCUCUCCUCACUGGCAGCCCUCUUGUGUGUUUGAAGUUCCAAUUGUUAGAGCUCAACAAGUUCAAAGCUGCACAGAUCCUCUUUUGGAGAAACAUUUUCAUGGCCAGCAAUGAUGCAAAAGGGAAAGGGCCAUUUCAGGAAGGCCGAGUAAAUCGUACACCUCAAGCAAGUAUGACUGAUGCUCCAAAGAGAAGUUAUCGGCUUUGCAGAAGUGAUCCCCUUACUGAUUCUACUUUUAGGGGGACAAGUAACGUAGAACCAAGUCCUUCUUCUACAUCUGAUUUUUGGGAAUCACAUCAUACUUUAAUGCUAGUAGCCAUAGUCUUGGUUAUCUACUUAGUACUAGGAACCGUAUGCUUCUACCUCCUUGAGCCCCAGAUGAUGGGACACAAAACAAAUGGACUUGUUGAUGCACUCUACUUCUGCAUUGUAACAAUGGCCACUGUUGGAUAUGGAGAUAUUGUGCCCAAUACUGUCCUUAGCAAGAUAUUCGUCUGUUUUUUCGCCUUCACGGGAAUGGCCUUGGUUGUGCUAGGCCUGUCCAAAGCAGCAGACUCUUUCGUGAAGAAGCAGGGAGACAUGCUAGUAAAUGCUCUACAUACGGAUCAAAAUGCCAGAGCAGCUGAUACUAACAAGUAUAAAAAGCAUUAUAAACGAGUGAAAUGCAAGUGUUUAUUGGUCUUUAUCUUUAUUUUGAUGCUCAUGAUUGCUGGGACAACCGUCCUAGCCACCGUGGAGAAAUUGGACCUCAUUGAUGCAUUUUAUUGUGUUUGUGUAACCAUCACAACAUUGGGAUAUGGAGAUAAGAGCUUCAAAACUAAAGGAGGGCGUAUUUUUGCGGUGUUUUGGAUUUUGGCAAGUACUAUUUCUCUGGCUCAGUUUUUAGCCUACAUUACUGAGCUAUUUGCUCAAAAAGCACAAAGUAAAUUGGCCAAGCAGGUUCUUAGCCGGAAAUUGACACAUGGAGAUCUGGAGGACGCAGAUCUUGAUAAAAAUAAAUCUUUAGAUAUUGCUGAGUUCAUCCUACUUAAGCUCAAAGAGAUGGAGAAGAUUAGUGAAGAUGAUAUUGCACCUAUAAGGGAGGAGUUUCGAAAUUAUGAUGUUGAUAAGUCAAACUCCUUAACUACAUCUGAUAUUCUGCAAUCAACUCGAGCAGGGAAGUGACUUUACCCAUGUGAAAGUGGCUACCUUCUUCUGCACUUGUGAAUUAGAUAAAAAUUGGGAAGCAUCCCAAAGAUAGCUACUUAAAAGUGUGUAAGAUCAAUCAUCAAUAUCAUCAUGUUUUUAAUA